AUGAGUCUGGGCAUCAUGGAGGAGGAGGACCUGGCCGAGUACUUCCGGCUGCAGUAUGGGGAGCGGCUGCUCCACCUGCUCCAGAAAUUCCCCCACAUUGAGGAGCAGUCGGACUCCCCAUCUAUCCAGCUCCUGGAGAAGAAGAAGGAGGCCAAGAUCAUGCACCAUGCUAUGUUGCAUAAGAAGGAGACAUUUCAGCGGAGAAUGGAAACUCUGAACCUGCGCUGGGAGGAGCUGGGCGUCAAGGAGGCCCAGCUGAAGGCCCACAUUCAGAAGUUCGAACAGUUCAUCCAGGAGAACGACCAGAAACGGAUCCGCGCCCUGAAGAAAGCCAACAAGGAGAGAGACCUCAAGAGGCAGCGCAUGCGUGAGCUGGCCAAGGCCAAGCAGGAGAUGGCGGCCCUGCGGCUGCAGCACCAGCGGCUGAGUGCCAAGCUGCAGAACUACUCCAUCUUCAACAAGUACCUGGAGAAGGUGGUGGAGAACUCCGAGUUCGAGGAGAUCCACGAGGUGAUGGCGCGGCACAAGACGCUGGUGAGCAUGCACCAGGACCUCAUGCAGUCUGCGCAGGAGGGCCAGGAGAAGAUCGAGCGCGCCAAGGCCCGGCUGGCGCGCUACAUGGAGGAGAAGGACGACGAGAUCCUGCAGCACAACAACGAGCUGGCGCGCCUGCAGAUGCGCUUCGACCGCGCCCGCAGCGACGUCAUCAUCUGGGAAUCGCGCUGGGCGCACAUCCAGAACACCGCCGCCAAGAAGACCCUCUUGCUCGGCACCAUCAAGAUGGCAACGCUGAACCUCUUCCAGAUCGUGAGUAAGCAGCUAAAGGAGACGACCUUCGUGUCCCUGGAGGACACGCACAAACAGCUGGACCUGAUCCAGCAGUUCAUCCAGGACCUGUCGGACAUCUGGGCAGAGGUGAAGAAGAAGGACCAGGCGCCGCAGCAGAUCCGGGUGUAA